GACGCCCUGGGCCAGCCGCUCCCCCGCGCGGCGCCCUCCGCGGCGCCCGCGCCCCCGCCGCCCUCGCCGCCCCCGCGGCCCCCGCGGGUGGCCGCGGCAGGGCUUGCAGCCGACGGCGGCAGAGCAGGGGACCCGCUCGGGGAGUUGACGCGGCAGCUGCAGGAGCUGGACGCGCUGCUCAUGCCCACGGAGGAGCAGCAGAAGCUGAAGCAGUGGCUGGUCGGCGCGCUGGCCCCGCUCCUGGAGCGCCACACGGGAGGCGUCUUCCACACGUUCGGCUCCUGCGAGAACGGCUUCUGGAUGAACGGAUCAGACGUGGACGCUUGCCUCGUGGUCCGGCGCUGCACGCAGAGGCAGUCCUGGCUCACCAAGCUGCGGCUGGUGCAGUGCCUGGUGAAGCGCGACAGGCUGGGGUCAGCGGAGGUCGUGUCGCGGGCCCGGGUGCCCGUGGCGAAGGUGCGCGACCGGGACGGCGCGGACCUGUGCGACGUGUCCGUGAACAACGUCGCGGCCCUGGAGAACUCGCGCUUCGUGCGGUCCCUGGCGCUGAUAGACCCGCGCACGCAGCGCCUGGGCCGCUUCAUCAAGCACUGGGCCACGCGGCGGCGGAUCAACAACCGCUCCGAGGGGACGCUGACCGCCGAACCUACACGCUCAUCCUGAAGCUCUUCUUCUUCCUGCAGACGCGGGACCCGCCGGUGCUGCCGCGGGUCAUCGACGUGCUGGCGGCGGAGGCCCGCCCCGCCGCGGACGCCGGCGCCGCCGGCGCGGCGGGCGUCGGCGCGGGAGGCCUGUCCGAGGCCACGGCGAAGGCCGUCAACGCCUGCGUCGCGGGGCCCGAGAUGGACGUGGCCACCGGCGAGCUCCGGCCGCCGCCGUUCCUGCCGGAUGCCGCGGCCAUCCGCGACGCGGGGAGGUUCCCCGGCGCCGGGCGCAACCGGGAGAGCGCGGGGGAGCUGCUGCACGGCUUCUUCCAGUUCUGGGGCCGGGAGUCCUUCCGUGGGGGCGACGAGGGCCGAGGCCGCACCGUCCUGGUGUACGACGCCUCGAUCGAGGAGAACGACCUCGGGGUGCUGGUGGUGAGGUGCCCGCUGACGGGCAAGAACGUGAACCCGUUCACCACGACCGUGUGGCGCGCCAUCCACGCCGAGUUCGAGCGCUCCGCCCAGCUCCUGGCGCGGGGGCGCCCCCUCGCGGACCUCUGCGAGGCGGCCGAGGAGUCCCCCGCGGGGCGAGGCCCCAGGACGUGGUCGUAG